AUGCAAUUAAUUUUUGUUGUAAAUAAAAUUUAUCAAGCAUUAGAGAAAGGUAAUGAAAUACGUGCAGUAUUUCUUGAUAUUUCUAAGGCAUUUGAUAAGGUUUGGCACAAAGGUUUAUUAGCCAAACUUAAAAGUAUUGGCAUAAACGGCCCCUUACUUCAAUGGUUUGAAAGUUAUUUGACUGAAAGAUAUCAACGAGUAACCAUUGAGGGAAUGAGCUCUGACUGGGCACAUAUUGAAGCCGGUGUACCCCAAGGAUCUGUUCUUGGACCAUUGUUAUUUCUGAUUUAUAUUAACGACAUAGCUGAUGUUUCUUCCACUUGUUUUCUUUUCGCUGAUGAUUCCUUACUAUUAGAUGAAGUCAUAUCGCCGAUUGACACAGCUAACAGGCUAAAUAACGAUCUUGAUUCUACAUCAAUGUGGGCUGAUCGAUGGCUUGUGACCAUGAACGCUAAUAAGACAAAAAACAUGAUAUUUUCUUCCAAGUUAAACAAGCCCUUGCAUCCUACGCUUACUUUGGCCCACGAACCAAUUGAUAUAGUUGAUCAGCAUGAUCACCUGGGCGUUACCCUUACUAAUAAAUUAUCGUGGCGGCCUCAUAUUCUUAAAAUCCAUCAAAAGGCUUCAAAAAAACUUAACUUACUUAAACCAAUGAAAUUUAAGCUAGGAAAAAAACCCCUUGAAAUUCUAUAUAAAUCCGUUGUCCGUUCUUGCUUGGAAUAUGCGGAUGUUGUGUGGGAUGGGUGUUGUGAUGCUGAUCGUGACCUUCUUGAAAGCUUGCAAUUUGAGGCAGCCAGGCUCAUAACGGGGGCAUUGAAAGGUACUCAUAGGGAAAGCCUUCUUAAUGAAACAGGUUGGUUUACUUUAAAAGCCAGACGUAAUGCUCAUAAGUUAUUUAUGAUGUACAAAAUUGUAAAUAAUCUGACCCCUCCGUAUCUGUCAGAAUUGCGUCCUGAUAAUGUUAGUUCUAGAUCAAAUCGUAGUUUACGUGCCAAUGAUAAUCUGAUUGUCCCUUUCGCUAGAACCAAACGUUACAAAAAGUCAUUUUAUAUUUCCUCUGUGAAUCUUUGGAAUAGUCUUUCAGCGACUAUUUGUUCUAGUCGUUCAAUUGCCAUUUUUAAAAACAGUGUGACUCGGCUACACAAGUUCGUAGCUCCCAAUCCGCUAUAUUAUAUAGGUGAUCGUUUACCAGCUAUUUUGCAUACUCGUUUGAGAUUAUCUAAUAGUACAUUAAAUUACGAUUUAUAUUUAAAAAAUUGUGUUUCUUCCUCUUUUUGUGCAUGUCGUUUUCCAAAAGAAACUACAGCUCAUUUCUUUUUCGACUGUGACCGAUAUGCUGCUAUUCGGAAUACUUUGCUCACCUCUGCUGCUUCUUUACUCGGUGCAGCGUGGUCAGGUGCUGGUAAGGGUACACAUCUUAAGUGGUUACUUUGUGGUGUCGGGAAUGUUUCUAUUGAUACGAAUAUUAAUUUAUUCUUAAGUGUCCAAAAAUUCAUUAUUGAUUCAGGUCGUUUCACCCGUAGCAGCCCUUGA